AUGCGCGGCCCUCUCAUUCUCGAACCAGGUUUCGGCUACCGACAAAAUGCACUAUCUGUAACAUAUGUCUCAGCCCAAAUUCUGGUCCUCCCCCUCGGGAAGCUGAUGGCGGCUUCCUUGCCGAGAAUGGCAGUACGAAUCCCGGGGACAAAAUGGUCAUCCUCGUUAAACCCGGGUCCCUUCAACUUGAAGGAGCAUUGCCUUAUCACCAUUUUUGCAGAUGCUGGCACAACUUCUGUUUAUGCAGUGAGUAUCAUUACUAUUGUGAAAGCCUUUUAUCACCGUCAACUUAAUCCGGUAGCUGCUCUGUUGCUAACGCAUUCUACGCAGAUGUUAGGCUAUGGUUGGGAUGGAAUCUCCUGGAAGUAUCUAGUCGACUCGCUUUACAUGUGGUGGCCCGCGAACCUAGUCCAGGUCUCCCUCUUCCGGGCUCUGCAUGAGGUCAAAAUCCAACCAAAGGGAGGACUCACAAGACUCCAAUUUCUCCUAAUGGUCCUUGCCUCAAGCUUCCCUUACGACAUAAUCCCAAACUAUCUCUUCCCUUCUAUCACGGCCCUCUCCUUUGUCUGUUGGGUGUGGAAAGACUCUGUCACGGCCCAGCAGAUAGGUUCCAGGCUCCACGAGCUCGGGCUGGGCUUGUUCGUGCUUGAUUCGUCAACUGUUGCGGGCUUUCUUGGCAGCCUGCUCGCGACCCCUGGGUUCGCCAUCGUCAACAUGCUGGUCGGCAUAUAA